AUGGCUGGAAGAGGUGCGGUAAUCGGGAUUGAUUUAGGUACAACAUAUUCAUGUGUUGGUGUAUGGCAACAUGACCGAGUUGAGAUUAUUGCUGAUGAUCAAGGAAAUCGUACCACUCCUUAUGUUGGUUUUACUGAUACUGAACGUCUGAUUGGUGAUGCUGCUAAGAAUCAAGCUUCCGUGUUUGAGGGUGAGGGAUCUAUAACCAGUGACAAUAAUCUGUUGGGUCAGUUCGACUUGGAAGGAAUUCCUCCAUCCCCCGCUGGCGAUCUGCAAUUCACAGUAUGCUUUAAAAUUGAUGCAAAUGGUAUAUUGAGUGUGUAUGCUGAAGAACACUCAACAGGGAGUAAUAACAUGAUCACCGUUUCCAAUUACAUUGCAAGGUUGUCCAAGGCUGAGAUCGAUAAGUUGGCUCGUAAGGCUGAGAGAUUCAAAUUGGAAGAUGAAAUGCAUCGGAAGAAAGUGGAGUCGAGGAAUUCCCUUGAAAAUUUCUUAUACGACAUGAGGAACACAAUGAAAGAUACAAGAAAGAAGCUAGCUAAGGAUGAUAGGAAAAAACUCAAAGAUGCAGUCAAGGAUGCAUUUCAGUGGUUAGACAGCAGCGAAUCAGCUGAGAUAAAUGAUAUCAACCGCAAGAUGAAUGAGUUACUGAAUGUAUGCAACCCUCUCAUAGAUAAGUUGUCCCAAGACGGUAGUGGUGCUCUCGAUAUGGGUGGUGCUGAGUAA